AUCUCUUAUCGUUGGACCAAGCCUGAGCUUGCGUUGGUGUUGACGGCGAUGUCGCGUCUUGGUGAUGACUUUGAGGCAAUAAGCAAGACGGUUGGCACAAAAACUGAAAGCUUUAUUCGUGAUUUUUACAACACUGCCAGAACCAAGUAUCCACUGACAGAAAUUAUGAGACUGAGUGGCCGCCCUCUGCGCCAAGAUGUUUUACAAAAUGUUCAGACCCCAACUUCGGUCAAGCCAGAACAGGCAGAUGCGCCUCAGGUCUCCACAAGUGUUGAGGUGUCGCUACCGUCAUCCACAUCCACAACAGUUAACGGUGUACAGGCCACCUAUGAAGAUGAAGAUGAUGUCUACACACCAAAGUUGGGCCGUAAGCGUGUUCGACGUGAUGCGUCCUCUAUUUCUAUUCUUGACACAAAAGCCAGUACCAUUAAAGCCACCUCUGGAGCUGAGUGUGAUGGCCAAAUCACAGCAGAACCGGCAACUGAGCGGACGGAUUCCUAUUUCUCAGCGAUUUCUCAAAAGUGCUCAGCUACUACCCCACUUUGGAUUCCUCCAAUGACAGUCGCACUGACAACCGGCCAGGCACCAGAUGAUGACAGUCCAUCACCACCCCGUAAAUUGCUAGGCCUAUCUCGGCCCGGUCAUACAGCCCCUGUCCAAAAUGGAGCUAUCACGAAGGCAACCAUGUUCCGCCCUAUACGUCGACCAGAACUGCUCUAG